AUGCCAGGCGCGCCUAGCCGGCAGAGCGCGCGCGCCUUGAGCCAGGAGGACCCCUUUCCCGAGCCGAAAGCGGCUGCUUUCCCGCCCCCUGCGACCAAUUCAGUGGUGGAUGUGUCAGGUGGGUGCUCUGGGCACCCGGGAACUGUAGCACCCUCGCUAGUCUGCUCCCUUCGCCUCCCAGGCUGUCCGCGAGAGGCGCCUCUAGUCCCCACCUGGCUCUUCUCCUCGCCUUGGUCGUCUCCAAAAGGUGGCGCAGGCGGCGGCGCGCUCCGGGCCUGGCGCCAAGCCGCUGGGUUUCCGGAGGGCCGAGCCUGCGCCUUGUGGUGGCCCCUCCUUCCUUCCCUCCCUCCUCCGCUGGCCGCCGUCGCUUCGCGCUCCCCCUUCGGCGCCGGUGGAGGGGAGCUCCACACAGGAGCGGCGGCGGCGGCUUUGGCACCGACUCCCGAGAGGCACAAGCUGCGAGGAGGCGCGCAGGCCUGGGUCGGAGAGCGCGCCACGCCGCGCCUGGCUUCGCUUCGGGGCGUCUCCGGGGCUGGAGGUGCAACGAGGACGGGGCUCCUUGGCGCGCAGUCUCCUCGCGUCGGUUUGGAGUUUUCUGCAGGCAGCAGGCAUAAGAGUUUCUGGUUUCUCUCUCCCCAUCCCAGCCCCCUUUUUUGUGAGUGUGGCUUUCUUCCCUCCUUUCUUGAGUGCAGGUGCCGCCUCUCUGCAAAUUCCAUCUCUGGAGAGAGAACCGGGCGGAUGGAAGAUGGGGCGAGGGUUUAGCUCAAUGCGAUCCUAUCGGGCAUGAAUCUAGCUGUGCAUAUUGACCUGGGAGCAAAUCCCAUUGAGCUCCGCUCUUUAUAGUCCAGUGGCCCAAAUGAAAGACCCCCCCCCGGCACUUUUCUCCAAAUGACUUCUUUUCCCUUGCAGCCUGAAGGUCUGGGGCUGCCUUUGCAGGCUUUUCAGCACAACCCCUUCCUCUGUCCUCCACAUCUGGGGCGACAGCUCCCAUCAUCCCUGAUCAUUGGCUAUGCUGGCUGGGGUGGGGCUGGUCGGAGUUGUAGUCCCAAUAUCUGGAAGACUCGCGGUUGGCUCCCCUGCUUUUUCCAUGCUGCAGCGAAGGCUAAAUCUGUGAAGCAAGUGUGUGAUUGUCUGUUUGUCGCUGCCUUCAUUUCCCUUCCCUUCCUCUGUUGUCUUCAGGGACCUGUCCUUAUACUUUGCAGGUCUUCCUCUCUCCCUGUUCCAUAUCUCUGACUGCCUGAUAUUUCCUCUUGGAUACUUCAACAUUAUUGUUAUCCUUCUUGUUUGCAUGGCACCGUGCAAGAGAUUCCUGAUCCUGAGGAGCUUUUAGUCCAAAAUGUGAAACAAUGAAGGAAGCAGGCAGGAGCAAUACAUGUGCUUGUUUAAGUUGCAUGCGUUUAUGCUUGGCCAAAGGGUUCCUAACUAUGUUAAGGCAUGGGAACUAGGGGAAUGCGCCAAAGACUUUGUGGGGGAAAAGGUGUAUUUUGAAGACAUGUGAAUGAACUAAGAGAGGGGUCAGUACACAGGUAUUCUGGGAUCCAAGCAAUAAGAGGCAGCAAGAGAAAAAAAAGUCGGGCUGUGGAACCUGCAGCUCUUUAUGUACAGACCAUAUCUACUAGAUCCAGAUUAUUCUAGGGUGUUCUGCAUUGCAGAAGGUUGGACUUAGAUGACCAUCAUGGUCUCUUCCAACUCUGUGAUUCUGUGAUUCUGUAUUCUGCAUAUGCUCAGAAACACUUUUCUUUAUUGUUACAGGUAUGAACCCUGGCACUGAAAAAUAUUGUGGCGAUGAGCCUUGGUGCAAAUUAAGUCCCGUUUGAAAGCUCUGCAGCAGGCAGGGAGGCUGACAGCAUCUCUCUCUCUAUCUUCCCAUUCCUAAGGACCCAGAGCCAUUAACCACAGAGGUAAGGUUUGUCAGGUGUCUUCCAGCAUAAAUGGACAUAGAGAUCAAAAUCCAAGAAAAUACGGAGUUGCUGUACUUGAUUAUGUUUUUCAUGGAGACAGAAUAUAAUGCUAACCCUAUGCAUUUUGUGGUGUGUUGUGGAAUAGGGCCGAAGCUUUGCAUUCAUAGAACUUUCAAGAGAAGGAAGUUCGGUUUCAAAAAGCUCAAAAAUGUUCAGAUUAUGGUGGAGAGAAUUGCGUUAGGCAAUGUAGUCAAUAAUAAACAGUAUGCGUUGAAGUCAAUAUAUAAUUUACUCCAGAAACUACUUGUGUGGUCCUUUUUCUUCCUCUUAGUACAUUUACAAUGUAUUAGUGGGCCAUAGACACUUUUUUUGGAUGAAUAGCUGUGACAAACUGGUAUGUAUUAAAUUUGGAAAGGAAAAGAGCGUGCUCUGAAAUUUUUAGCACAGGAAAGGCAUAACCGAACCUGAAUAUGUGCUCUUCUUUAAGAGCAGAGGAAUUUUCGACUGCAUGCUAGUGUUUCUGUCAAGGCACUAAUCUCAUUGUGCAAUGGCGAGAUGAGUAAGAUUACCCACAUGAUCUCCUGAGCAUCCUCUCCAUCAUGGUGCAGCUGCAGGCACUGAAACAGGUCAGCCAGUAGCUAGAGCACAGAGCUUGGAAAUCUCACAGUGAAUUCCACUGAAUGGAGGUGCAAGUGAAUAAUUGUACUACUUGGCAGUGGCCAAGAGAACCCAAGUAACUGUCCAGCUGAGCUUUUUGGGGUUGUGAAAGGGUUGUUCGGUUUGAACUUGUCUUCAGAUACAGUCAUACGUCAUGUCACGUCCGCUUCAUGUUACGUUCUUUAAGGUUACGUCCCGCAGUAACCCGGAAGUACAGGAAAGGGUUACUUCUGGGUUUUGCCGCUCUCGCACGCGCAGAAGUGCAAAAUGACAUCAUGCGCAGAAGCGGCGAAUAUCAACCCGCGUGUGUGCAGACGCACUGCUGCGGGUUGCGUUCUUUUCAUGAUGCAAAUGGGCCUCUGGAACAGAUCCCGUUUGCAACCAGAGGUACCACUGUAUGUAUAAGGCGGUACCCUUGACCUAAGUUGUUCGGUACUUUGUGCCGUAGUACAAGAACCCUAUAGAAUCAUAGCAUUGUAGAGUUGGAAGGGACCCCCAGGGUCAUCUUGUCCAACCCCCUGCAAUGCAGGAAUCUUGACUAAAUCAUACAUGACAGGUGGUCACCCAAUCUCUGAUUAAAAACCUCAAAGGAAGGAGAGUCCACCACCUCCCAAGGGAGACUGUUCCACUGUCGAACAGCUCUUACCUUCAGAAAGUUCUUCCCGGUUUUUAGUUGGAGUCUCCUUUCUUGUAAUUGGAAGCCAUUGGAACGAGUCCUUCUCCCCCCUCCCCUCGGAGCAGGAGGAAACAAGCCCUUAAGAUAUUAGAAGGUGGCUAUCAUAUUUCCUCUCAGUCUCCUCUUCUCUAGGCUAAACACACCCAACUCCCUCAACCAUUCCUCAUAAGGCUUGAGUUCCAGACCCUUGAUCAUAUGCACACAUUCCAACUUGUUAAUAUCCUUCUUAAAUCAUGGCACCCAGAACUGGACGCUACUCCAGGUGUGGUCUGGCCAAGGCAGAACAGAAUGGUACAAGCGGCGACCAUUUUAGGCAUGUCCAAUUGAUGCUCAACUGCUGACGCAUGGGCCCUUUUUGACCCAGAAGACAGAGGAAUGGGGGCAGGGUGGAGGUGUAAUGGGGCGUAACAGGCUUAUGCAUGCUCUGCUGAGACACGCGGGGACCAGGAAUGGAAUCCCUGCUCAAAAUGGUACACUGUACUAUUAUUUCCCUUGAUCUGGAUACCAUACGUCUGUUGAUGCAGCCUAGAUUAGCCUUCAACCUGGCCCAGUAUAAAAAGGUGAUCAUCCAUGUGGAUGAUCAUCCAUCUUUAUGGCUUUACAUUUCCAUAUUAAAUUCCCACCUUUUCUUACAUGCUGCUUUAGCUAUGGUAUGAUUAUGUUCCCAUUUGUUUGCGUACACGAGAAACAUUUCAAAAACUACUGGGGUAGUGGAAAGUUGUAUCAGAACUGCCUCUCACCCCUUGACUUUUAAGAGGUUCUCAGGGACAGAGUUUGAACCAUGAAAGCACUAACUGCAAAAUCCCAUGAAUUCCACAUACACAAAAGGCAAUGUGGCUAUCUGAUCCGGCAUUUUCUGCCCUCCGUUUGUUUUGGUUUCCAUUCUUUUCUUGGAUGCAGAGGAAGCAAAUCCCCCGAGAGUCCUGCACGGUUUCCUGACUUGAGUUCCCAGGCAUCUCUUGGGAGCAAGAGUUUCCCUUCGCCUAUUGGCUCCGCAACUGCGACAGCGAUAAAUGCUAUAUGAACACAUGUUUACGCCAAGAGGAGAGAAUUUCUUGCCAAGAGAUCUAUAGCUGCAUGCUUUUAAAAAACACACAUACACAGACUUUAGGUUUAUGGUUGAAUAGAAUCAAUUAACUGAAGUCGUAGGUAUGCCAUACUUAAACCGUUUUUCUGUGUGUUUGCUUUAGGUUUUCCAGAUUGCCAUGUUAAUGCUGCUUGCAUUUGGAGUCCUACUUCAAGAAAUCUUGGCCAGGACCCAAGGUGAAAGUCUUACUGAUGGCAGCAACAUUCCACGAGUGCCAUUGUAUAGCUAUGGAAACAUCAACUUGCCCGAAGAACAUAUCCCAUACUUUUUGCACAAUAACCAGCCCUUUGCCACAGCCUGCAAGAACGAUCUUCAUUGCCCAUAUAAAGUAAAUACGCCUCUUUUUUUUUUUUUUACUGGAGCCUAAUGCCGAUUUGUUGUGUUCUUAGAAUCAAAGAGGUUGAAAGUGAUGAUAACUGGCUUCUUUUCCAGAAACCAUGAUGGUGAUGAUUCCAGACUCCAUGUUAGGGCUAUCCAAAAUGUCACAAAAUAGUGUGCAAGCUUUCAAGUUCUCCAUAACGCUUAAUCAGGCUUGGAGUUAAAAAAAUGUAAGGUGCCAAAAGAGGGCGUGGGAAGAGAAAGAAAUACAUUUGACGGGUGCCCAAGCUAUCUGUGUCUGCAUCUGGUAAGAAUAUUAGGAUGGAGUGCACAGGAGGUAGCAUCAGCCCGAGCCAAUGAUCAGGGUUGACAUCUGGAGGGCACUAGGUUGGGAAAGGCUGCUCUAGAGCCUUUAAUAUGAUACAUGCUUCCAUGUGUGUUUAAUUUCCUCCGUAUUCUCUUUGGCUGCUGCUAACAACAUACUUGUUUAUCCAACCCUACCCAGAUACAUAGGGACGCGGGUGGCGCUGUGGGUUAAACCACUGAGCCUAGGACUUGCCGAUCAGAAGGUCGGUGGUUCGAAUCCCUGCAACGGUCCCUGCUCCUGCCAACCUAGCAGUUCGGAAGCACGUCAAAGUGCAAGUAGAUAAAUAGGUACUGUCCCGGCGGGAAGGUAAACAGCGUUUCCGUGCGCUGCUCUGGUUCGCCAGAAGCAGUUUAGUCAUGCUGGCCACAUGCCCCAGAAGCUGUACGCUGGCUCCCUCAGCCAAUAAAGCGGGGUCCCUUUACCUUUACCUUUUACCCAGAUACAUAGAAUGCUGGUGUGUUUUUAAUUUAUUGCUGGUUUUAACUUUUAGAAUGCCUUGAUUGCUUUUACUGACAAUCUUAACUGUUUUUUUUAAUAGUCUUUAUUGAUUUAAAUUACGCACAUAUACAAAAUAUUUGCAAAGGAUUUACAAUUUCAUAUUGCAAUUAUAUAAGAUCAUAUUGUACCAACCAUACCAUAUUAGCAGAACUCCAGUGAUACCUGUAAAUAAAACACAUAACAAAUAUUGCUUUUGGAGUAAAUAGGAACAAUACUAAAGAAUAUGAAACUGUGUGACAAAAAGGACAUUAUAAACAGUACAAUGAGAAUGAUCGGAAGACUUGUUUUGUCAGAAGUCUUUUUAUUUAAUUGUUUAUUAAGACGUUAAUAGGAAGAUUAUGUAUGUAAAUUUGUUUCUGUUCUUCUCUUCUUUUUCUCUUUCUUCUGCAAUUUCUUCUCCUUUUUCUUUCUCAAUUGUUUUUCUUUCUUGACAAUCUUAACUAUUUUAUUCUUUUCAUAAACAGCUUUGAGGUUUCCUACAGUCAAGCAGUAUAUAGAUUUUAUGAAAUAAACACCUUGAUUGACUUACAGUAUGUCCAUGUGUAGAACUGGAAGUAGGCUCAAAUCUUUAGAGGUAAAAAGUACACACAGGUUAUUUGUAGAUCACGUGUGCAUUUUUGCAAGCUUGCUCGUUCGGCAACAUGGCACCAACAUCCAAAGCAAAGUUGGCAUUUUCCUGUGUUUCCAGAAAUACUUGAAGAAAUUGAAAGCCUGUUGGGGUUAUGAGAAAUCAUGCAAGCCUGAAAACCGUUUUGGAUAUCCGAGAUGUGAUUAUGCUGAGAUUGGAUGGUAAGCGCACAUUCCACGCCCCCGUGCCUCCUGCAAACUCAGGCCCAGGCCAAACCCAACACUCAGUUGCAUAUAGAGAACUUCUGCUGGUAUUUAUUUAUUUUGGUACAUGAAACAAGACCCAAAUUAGAGCAAAUGCCUCCCAAUUUAUAUGCUGCCGUUUGUUUUUCCAGAGCCACAGGUUCUGAUAACAUAUACCAGGGAUAAAGUAGUGCAACAUUUUAAUUAAUAGAUAGAGAUAUAGCUAUAGAUAUAGAUAUCCAUAUGGGGUCACAAAGAGUCGGACACGACUAAACAACAAAAAACAAUAUUCGCAUAAUAGUGCUAACAUCUCCACUACUGAUCUAUUCCCAUCCCAAAUGCCAAGCAGGCGCCCCUGUGCCUUCUUGCAGAUCAGUUAAGUGGUACCCUUUUUGUGCUAGGCAGAAUAUGUUGAAACUCGCUCUUGUUCAUUGUUACACUCCGUAAACCUAGCUUAUAAGGUUGUUCAGUGGCAUUUAUUAACCCAUAGACUGGGUUUAUUCCCAUAGUUAAAGCUUGAUGUUUUCUCAAAUGGACACACUUGCAUUAUUUCACCAUGUAAGGGCUAACACCAUUGAGGAGGCCCAGCAUGUAUUCUGGAAGCAAGCUGACUUUGGUUAUGUUAAGGAGAGGAUGAAUGAAGUGAAGACUCACUGCAGACCUCAGGCAAAGGUAAGUAUGCUUGUAUGCAUUCAGAGAAAGUUGUUUCCUGAUGCUAUGCUCCACUUCCCCCCAAUUCUUCUUAAAAAUAUAUAUAUGUUGCUUUUGUCAUUUUCUUAUAGGGAGAUUCUUCACUUCAAUGUUCUCGUUACCUCCAGUAUUGCAGAGCAACAAAUCUAUACAUUGAUUUAAGAAACCCCAAAAGAAACCAUGAGAGGUACGUACCUUACUUACAUUUCAACAGGAGAAACAGACACACUAAAUAUCCCUAUUAAGCAAUUCUGCUCCUCUACAAAAGACUUCUAUUUUUUUUAAUACUUCUCCAAUAGUCAUUAACAGAUAUAUGCCAGGACUCAGAAAUCUGCAUAGGUUUAAUCAUCCAAGAAUGAUGUCUAAAAAUCUCUUCUUCUUUUUUUACUUUUUAAAGAAUCAUUUGCUGACCCUCAUGAUUGUAGAACAGACAUGGGGAACCUUGCGCUCUCCAGGGGUUGCUGAGCUACAAUGCUAUAGCAGGUUCUGCAAACAUCUUUCUGAAUUUGGAAAAACACAGUUAUUUUCUAGAUGGCUGGUUUUAUUCAGUACUUGCUUUAAUUCACGAAGCAUGCUUUUGUUCUUAAGUUUGUUUCGGUUUUACGUUCAUACCCUCAAAAGUGUGUCUAUAUAUAGUCAUUGUAUGACCGUUACACUUAUUUCUUGAGACCUUUAAAACAUUUGCAACUGUGUUGAUUGAACUGUAGGCUGGAUGCAUGUUGAAGCAAUGACAUCACCAUUUUGGUUCACACGAGACACUUCAGGGAUCCAUGCAACCCAUGUUUCCAGUAGAUCACAUGCAGUGAAAUCCUAUGCUUGCUUACUCAGAAGUCAGCCCCGCGAUAUUCAGUGCGGGGCUUAUAUGGAAGUCACGGUGUUUAGGAUCGUAGCCUUUGACUGCAAGCUUGUGCUCAGUGAUCUGGCAGUGAGCUUCAUUGAAUACCACAGAGUUUAAUUUUGAGUAAGCAUGCUCGUUGUACAGAGUGACAAGUUAAAGCGUGAUGAUGAAUCAAUGCCUUGAUGUACAUCAUUAAUCAAGAGAGUGCUCACAAGGUAGUCCAGUUUAGAACUGACACUUGAUUUGAACUUCUGCUAAUAAUGUUUCCCCUCUUUAAAUAGAUUCAAUGAAGACUUCUUCCAGAAGGGUGAAAUUGGAGGCCACUGCAAUUUAGACAUUCAAGGUUUCCUUGCUGAAGGGCAGCGGAAGAGCCCUUUACAGUCUUGGUAAGAUUUGUAGCUGUCUGCUAUUUCUUGUUUCUCUACGAUAGACAUCUUUGCAGAAAAGCUCAGCUCCCAGUACUAUGCUCAGUUGAGUACUCCCCUUCUCUCCCACCAGGCACACCCAUCUAUGGGGGCGGGGUGGAGGCCCCCCAAUUUUCAAUGUGGGGGCCAGGCCCCCUCAGUGUUCCACAGCCAGGCAGGCCCCAUUGGGCCCUCCUGUGGCACUGCAGGCUCUGUUGGGCCCUCCUGUGGGCCCCAUACCAUCGUGAGAUGCACGACGUCAUGCGCGCUUGCCAGGCCUAGCCCCCCAUGUUGGGCAGAACCCGGUGUGCCUGUCUCCCACAACAUGUCACAGCAGUAGUUAGGGGUGCAGUUGUUUUUAAAGAAAGAAACAGGCUUCUGUGAUGGUGGAGCAAAGGGACAAUUACUGAGGUGAUGGUUAUUCCAGUCUAGAAUGUUAGCAACGAAAAGCAGGUCAUUGUGGCUGCAUUACAUUCUUUUCUAUGGGAACCGUUGUUGUUUUUUAACAUGAAAAUCCACAAGUAAUAGGGAAACCUGGGAAUUGAUGUGGCCUGUUUUGUAUAGCCUGUAUCAAGGGUGGGGAACCUUUGGUCUGUCAGGUGUUGCUCCCAGGUCCACAAGAUUGAGUGUUAUGACAGAGGGAGAAAAACUCCCCUACUUUCUACUUUCCUCAUGCCAUGUGUAGUUCUUCUGUCAUGUUACCUCCUGCUCAUCAAACUAAAAAGUCCCAAAUGCUGCAGCGGUUCUUCUUAGUGGGGUUGCUCCAUCCCUUAGAUGAUUUUGGUCGCUCUUUCCUGGACCUUUUCCAACUCUACAGUAUCCUUUUGGGGGCGAGGCAAUCAGAACUGUGCGCAGUAUUCUAAAUGCAGUCACAUCAUAAAUGCCUGAUGAGAGCUUCAGUUUUGUGUUCAAUUCCUUCCCUAACGACCCCUAGCUUGGGAUUUUCCUUUUUCAUAGCCACCACACACUGAGUCAGCAUCUUCACUGAGCUGUCUGCUACAACCUCUGACUUGGUCAGUCCCCACCAAUUCAAGCACCAUGUGUGUGUAUAAUAAUAAUAAUAAUAAUAAUAAUAAUAAUAAUGAAAUUUAUUAUUUAUACCCCGCCCAUCUGGCUGAGUCUCCCCAGCCACUCUGGGCGGCUCCCAAUCAAAUGUUAAAAACAGUACAGCAUUAAAUAUUAAAAACUUCCCUGAACAGGGCUGCCUUCAGAUGGCUUUUAAAGAUAGGAUAGCUGCUUAUUUCCUUCACAUCUGAAGGGAGGGUGUUCCACAGGGUGGGCGCCACUACCGAGAAGGCCCUCUGUCUGGUUCCCUGUAACCUCACUUCUUGCAAUGAGGGAACCGCCAGAAGGCCCUCAGUGCUGGAUCUCAGUGUCUGUGUAUUAAGAUUUACAGGCCAUUCACUCCGUUCGGAGACAUGCUUUUGGAGCUCUUCGUCGUUCUAACUACCGUGAACAAUUUGCUAUGGCUACCUCACUGCUAACCCCAACUCUAGAUAAUUUAUUAAAAAGCCCUUUCUCCAUUUAGAGAACUGCCAAUUCAUACCUCCUGCUACUGAAACAAUACCUGAUCCAGAAGAGAACCCUCUCCUCUUAGUUAUCAUCUUCUAGAAAUAUAUCUUGCAGGGCUCAAGUUCCAUUAGCUGAGCCCAGUACAAAUGGUAUUACGUCAUGGCGGAGACUUGCUAGGCUGUUAAAUGGAUCAUGCUAAUUGGUCUUGUACCUGCAGUCAUGAAUAACUUGUGUCUUUGCUGAGAUGCCUUUAAAAUCAUGGUCAGUGCACUUGACAUGAGCGUAGAUAUAUUCAAAUUAACUGGAUAUUGGAAACGCACGGACAGAGAGAUUCUCUCUCUUGAAACUUUCCCCAGCUCUUGAUUUAUAGAUCAAAGAUGCUGCUUGCUCCUGAGAUCAAAGGCAGAGUUUAACCUUUUGAAGCCUUACUGAAGAAGCUUCAGUUACAAUUAAAAAUAAUUUUAAUUGUCAAACUUUGUCUAACUUCACCAGCAUUGUGAAGAGAAGUCUGCCUGGUGCAUUGCUUAAAUUAAUUGUCUUUGGAUACGGGUGGUUUUUUAAAAAAAUAAUUAUUUGCAGCUUCUAUUAAAUGACUGUAAUUACAGGUUUGCGGAACUCCAGACAUAUACGGAACUGAACUCCAGGCCUAUGGAAGAUGGCAGUUGUGAUGUUAUUAUUGACAAGCCAACUUAUUUCAUGAAGCUUGAUGCAGGUACAAGCCAGUGUGGUUUUCGUAUGUGCAGAUCUGUACGACUCCUGGCAGUAUGUCAGGAUGAUAUGUUUGGAGGUGGUCAUGUAAAGGUCAUUGAUAUGCACAGCAUUCUGCAUGUAUUGCAUUCUCUUGUAGCAUGCUCCAGCAAAUUGGAUAUUGCCCCAGCACACUUAGGGGCAGGCUAGAAGCCAGUUAUGAUAUAUUCUGUGGGCAUAGGCAGCUUACACAUGACCAUAGCACUUCUAUGCAUGCCGCACGCAGGCUGAAGUCAAUGUGGACAAGAACUGCCUGCCAUCCCUGCUAUAUGUUAUUUUGAACUUCUUUUUUAAGUUUCUUAGACCUACACUGGCUCCUGGUACGUUUCUGAGCACAAUUCAAAGUGUUGGUGCUGACCUUUAAAGCCCUAAAUGGCCUCAGUCCAGUAUACCUGAAGGAGCGUCUCCACCUCCAUCGUUCUGCCCGGACACUGAGGUCCAGCACUGAGGGCCUUCUGGUGGUUCCCUCACUGCGAGAAGCCAAGUUACAGGGAGCCAGGCAGAGGGCCUUUACGGUAGUGGCACCCGCCCUGUGGAACGCCCUCCCACCAGAUGUCAAAGAGAAAAACAACUACCAGACUUUUAGAAGACAUCUGAAGGCAGCCCUGUUUAGGGAAGCUUUUAAUGUUUAAUAGGUUAUUGUGUUUUAAUAUUCUGUUGGAAGCUGCCCAGAGUGAGUGGGGAAACCCAGUCAGAUGGGUGGGGUAUAAAUAAUAAAUUAUUAUUAUUAUUAUUAUUAUUAUUAUUAUUAUUAAAUCCUAAACUAUUUGUGAAGCUUCAGAGCUUGGUUCAAAGCCUGUUCUCAGUCAGCACCGACAUUCUGGUCAACUUGGUUCAGUCUAAGAUGAUCUUCACCAGUUGACUUGAAUGGAGCUCCUUGCUCUUUAAAACUCAGAAGCAGGGCUGUGUUUUCAAAGUCUUGUUUGUCCUGAGUUUGCAGCAGCACUCUGAGUGAGAACAGUUAAAAAGCAAGGGUUCCUGUCCAAGGACAUAGAAACGUUUGAAAUAAAUAAAUGGAAUAAAUCUGGAACAGAGAUGUCCCAGCAAUUUUCUUUUUUAACAUCUGGGCUGCACCAGUGUUCUUGCACUUCACUGUUGUAGCCCUUUUCGUUUUCAAAGGGCUUUGCAGUCUUUGUUUGUGCUUGCCUCCUCAAGCAAGAAUGCAGAGAAAUGGUAUUGGUAGAAUUUCCUUCCUCCACUCCCACCAGAAAGAAUGGUUCCCAAGGCCAUUUAGAUACUGGCAGAGAUGGUUCUUGAGCCUGUGGUUUCUAGACCCAAGUCACAGUCUUUGGCACAUACCUGCCGCUUCACCAUUCCAGCCUCAUGAUUAGAUGUAAACUGCAUGCUGUGGGUUAAACAACAGAGCCUAGGACUUGCCGAUCAGAAGGUCAGCAGUUCGAAUCCCUGUGACGGGGUGAGCUCCCGUUGCUCAGUCCCUGCUCCUGCCAACCUAGCAGUUCGAAAGCAUGUCAAAGUGCAAGUAGAUAAAUAGGUACCGCUCCAGUGGGAAGGUAAACGGCGUUUCCGUGUGCUGCUCUGGUUCGCCAGAAGCGGCUUAGUCAUGCUGGCCACAUGACCCGGAAACUGUACGCCGGCUCCCUCGGCCAAUAAAGCAAGAUGAGUGUCGCAACCCCAGAGCCGGUCACGACUGGACCUAAUGGUCAGGAGUCCUGCAUGCCGUUUAGGAGAUGCAUGGUUUAAUCUCUCAUGGUUUUCUGUUUUAAUGAAAUGCAGUGUGUGUGUAUCUGUUGCCAGUUUGAAUUCAACAACAUUAUUCAGGCCUUCCCUCCCACCCCCAACUCCGUUUCACUUUUCCUGAUAAAAACAACCCCAUCAUGUUUGUUUGCCUUAUGGAGGUCUGUGGGGUAAGUGGUAUUGAUUUUGGUUAGGAAAAGGGUAUGGCAGGGAAGGAGUAAACACUUUUCAUCCAGCAUCACUGGCCAGAUCAGAUUAUUGGUAACUCUUAGUGGCUUCAUUUGGUUAAAAGGAAACGUGGACAAUUUGGAGAUACAAUCAAGACCUGCAAAAAUGGGGGCGGGGCGGGGAGUUUGGUCCUUUUAUGGCAUCUCUUAAAUUUCUAUCAUGUCACCACUUCCUCUCCUCAGAACUAAAGAGGCGCAAAUUUGCAACCUUCCUUCAUAGGAGAGUUGCUAUAUUCCCUUGAUCAUUUGCCCUUCUGCAUUCUGCAUGUUCUUGAGGUUUCUUCCUGGGUUUGUGGCCUAAUCUCUUCAGAUGUUGCAGAUAAUUGUCUCACGCAGAUAAUGUUGAUAUGCACACACACACACACACACACAUAUAUAUACUGUAUCUUAUGAUGGAUUGUUAGCAACCAUGAAGAUCCACAGGGAUGGAAGAACACGUUUUAAUGGGUUAAUAGGACACUGUUUUAAUGGGUUAAUAGAAAUGCUCACAAAAUCCAACUGGGCAAAGACUCAUCCUUGCAAAUAAGACUCCGAAUGUGACAUUCAUAGUCAUCUUAGGUCUUAUGCAUUCAUAGAAACAGUCUUAAAUGCUAAAGAUGGGCCUGGUGUAAAAUUCUUCCAGUGAAGUGAGGAGAAAGUGUUAAGAGUACGCAGAGGUUUUGAAAUGAAAAACCAUGACAAGGUUCGUUUUUCUUUCUUCUCUCAGGUGUUAACAUGUACCACCAUUUCUGUGACUUUGUCAAUCUUUACAUCACUCAGCACAUUACCAACUCGUUCAGCACGGACACCAACAUUGUCAUGUGGGAUACCGUGAGUAAGAUCUUCUGUUCACAACACGCUGGUGUUCAUAGGUGUAGUGUAUUCACUGUCUGAUGUAAACCACGGGCAGUAUUAGCAAGGAGCUUAGUUACUCCUACCUGUGCCAGAUGCUCUGUGCAUAGACUGGUAUAAACCAUUGUCACUAGCGAACUGGAUUAAGUGAACUAUCCUUCCAACAGGGUUGUAUAGGAGGGAUACAGUCAGUGUUCAAGAUUAGCCAGAUGCCAGGCGCGUUUUGCACCUGGCUGUGGACCACUUUGCGACCAAGUGAGAAUGCCUGGGUGCCAGGAUGGCUCCUGCCAUCUCCACCAUCGGGGGAUCAGUGGAUCCUGACUGUUUCCACACACUAAUACCCCACCUUGUAGAAUUCUAUCAGCUUUGUUUUAUCUGCACCAUCGGAAUGAGUUUCUGGAACCAAAUUGCUUUUUCUGCACAGCAGGAGCAGGAAUCACCAUUAGGAAAAAGAGGUAGGAAUAGGCCAAUAUAUACGUGGACUGUCCCAGGAUCAAGUGGCUUUUCAUCCUUUAAGUUCUCAAAGCUCUUAAGCUACCUCAAGGUUGCCAUCUGAAUAGCCAGAUGUUUAACUGUGAAUCAACCACAGUCAUUUGAAAAAUAAGACUCGAGAGCCAUCUUGCCCCAAAAUGGCGACUAGACAUUCCGUUUCGGCAACUGCAGCCUUGCUUUUAGGAGCCAUUUGAUGCCUAGUUUAUAUAUCUUAUAUAUCAGCCAGAGUGGGUGGCUGCCUUCUGUCUUAGCACUUGAAUGUGACUUCCUUUUUUCCUUUUUUGGGGUAUAAUUUUUAUUAAGUUUUUCUAUUUUACCUUUUAGAAUAUUCAUUUAAACAACCUUAAAAUAUCAAUGACUUCCAUUCUUCUCCUUCCAUGGUUCAGUUUGCACGCCACAGAUCCCUGCAUAUUUUACAUAAAAUAACCAUUCAGUAUUCCAUUUUUACAUCCAUCAAAACUUAUUUAUACUGUUGAAUUUAUCUUAAUCCUGCCAACGUUUUCAAAUGUACACAAUUUUCACCCAUAUAUUCAUUAAACGUUUUCCAAUCUUUUUUAAACGUAUAUUCUUAUUGUUCUCUUAUUCUAUAAGUUAAGGCUUCUCUUUCCCCCCACCCCCACCCCUCAUCCCCUCCCCUGUUUUCAACACCACCAUUUCCCGCCCCCCCAAUAAAUAAAUAAAUAAAUCUCUUAGGUUGUAAAUACAGUGGUACCUCAGGUUAAGUACUUAAUUCGUUCCGGAGGUCCGUACUUAACCUGCAACUGUUCUUAACCUGAAGCACCACUUUAGCUAAUGGGGCCUCCUGCUUCUGCCCCGCUGCUGGAGCCGAAUUUCUGUUCUUAUCCUGAAGCAAAGUUCUUAACCUGAAGCACUAUUUCUGGGUUAGCGGAGUGUGUAACCUGAAGCGUGUGUAACCUGAAGCGUAUGUAACCCGAGGUACCACUGUAUACUACAAACAGAUGCACUUCAUGAUUACUAGCAUAUCUUUCUACCCACGAGUCACUAGUUUGACAAUGUUUUAAAGACUGUGUGUAUAUUUCUAUGUAGAAUCAUUAUGUGAAUAUCCUGCAGGAAAUCACUGCAUGAAAGACUGGAGUUUCCUGUUUUUCUUGUGUUAUGCUCCUUGUCUCUUGCCUUCCUCCUGUCACCAACUGAUGCUUAAAAUAACUGUGUCCCUGCCACCUACUGGACAGUUCAAGGAACUGCCCACACCCUUUUGCCAGGCCUACCAAUAGUCUUCAGGGUUCUUUGCCACCCGCGUUUGCUGGAUAUUUUCUUCACAAGGCCGCUUAUAGCAGAUUUUGUGCCACUGUGAGAAAAGGAUGCUGGACCAAAUGGGCUUAUUGGCCAGUUCCAGCAAACUACUCUUAUGGUUUUUCUCCCCACUGUACUGAAGCUGCCUGGUCUACCCAUGUCUUUUCCCUAUAAAAUAUAUAUCUAAUCGCAACUCCCACCAGCCCUAGCCAGCAUGGCCUAUGGUCAUGGUAGCUGGCAGCCAACAAUAUCUGGAGAGCCACAGUGUAGCCACUCCAGUAUUUGGAAAACCAGCAGAACCUGCAGUAGAAGCAACAGGGAACUGAUGCUUUAUUUGCGAAUGAUGCAGAUCUUUGGCAUGGAAAGUGGUGCUCCUGGGUGGAAUCUACGCACGUAUAAAAAAAAGCUGUGAAAAUGUGUGUGGUUUUUUUUUAAAAAAAACAACAUUUUGAAAAAUACAUUGAAAUUGCCAUAGCACACUAUCGCCAUCUAGUGUCACAUUUGUAUAUUGAACUUUACAACACACUUAAAAACGUUUUUAUUUGCACCUGUAUAUCAGAGUCCCUGGUUUCAUCCCUCCCCAGUCCUGCUAUACUUAGCGCUCUCCGUUCUAGGACUGUCAAAAGCAUAUGACUUGGGUUCCCACCUCACUACCUUUUCUUGGGAAACGGCACUGUUUAAGAAUGUAUGCUGCUUCCCCGCAGUCACUCAGAAAUUCUGUAAUGCCAUUCUGAUCGACAAAAGAGAUGCAUUUAAUUCCUUGCAUUGCCAGACGGUGGUGCCAAGUAACUGCUUAAACUAGCUGAACAGAGGCGGUGAGGCUUUCCCCCCCACUUUAUGCAAUGCAUGUAGCUUUUGGCUCUUGCAAAAUUACAGUUCUUACUAAAUGUUAGUUUCUUUAUAAGUGAGUGAAACAAAGCAGGAACUCAGUGAGGGACAUGUACCCAGCAUGUUUCCUAACAAACAAACAAAUAUGGCAAGGUGUACAAUGUGUGUGUGUGUUUGGUGGGCUGGGGGUCAUUUUACUACCCAAGAGCCACACUCCUUUCUGGGUAAUCUUCCGAGGGCCACAGUGCCUGGGGAGGGGGAGGCCAGAGGCAAAUGCGGGCAGAGCAAUGAAUAGGAUGAUCAAUGUCACCCCUUUUCAAAUUUUGUAUGAGCCUCCAUUUAAGGUUCAGAGACACCCUUGUUAUAGCAGUUGAAAAAGUUCCCCACUGUGUGGUCGAAAUUGAGAUCUCUAAUUCUUUAUUCCGAUCCUCCCUCAGUACUUGUAUAUCAAAUUGGUUUGCUAAUAACAAAGAUUUAUAUAGAUUGAUGGCCUUUUGUUUGUUCCGUAAGAAUCAAUCAACUGCUUGAAUAUCUCUGGGGUCUCUGAGGCUGUAAAAGCUGCUAGUCCGUAGAUGGCAGUUAGCAAGUGUUUUAUCUGGAGAUACUGCCAUUGAACAUUUGUAGGUAAUCUGUAUUUGUCUCUUAAGAUGGAAUAUGUAUAAAAAAAAUCAUCCUCUUUGUUUAUCAGCUGGUCUAACGUUAAUAUACCCAAAUUCAAAGUUUGGAUCUACCGUUUAAUUUUGGGAAACGAAAGAGCAGGAUGCUGGUGAUUACGGACUGUUCGAUGCUAUGCAUGCUUUCUUGGGAGUAAGUUCCAUAGGGCUUGUUGGGGAUACUCUCUAUUACAAGGAUGGGGAAUGUGUGGUCCUCCAGAGGUUGUUGGACUCCAGUUCCCCUCAGUUACAGCCUGCAUGGCCGAUGGUUAUGAAUGAUGAGAGCUGUAGUCCAAUACUAUCUGGAGGGCCACAGGUUGCCCUGCCCUGCUCUGCUCAGUGUGUUUACGAUUCUAGCCUUAAGGCAGGAGGGUUAUAGAUAAGCCUGAAAGCUGUGAAAAUAAUCAUCAGUUGUUUCUCACUAAAACCUCACUUGUGCUUCCAUUUGUUUUUGUUUUUUCACAGAGUGCCUAUGGAUACGGAGACCUGUUCAGCGAAACGUGGAAGGCAUUUACAGACUACGAAAUAAUACAUUUGAAAUCCUACGAUUCAAAGAGAGUGAGGAAUAUUUUGCUUUUUCAAAAAAACAAACAAACAGAUGGCUGUACCCAGAAGUCAGUGCUUUUAGUUCAGCUUUGUGAUCAUGUUACCGAAUAUAUAUGGGUCUUUAAACUACAGCUGAACCACCCUUGCUGUAGAGCAGGGACAUCCAACUCCCAAGGUACUGUGAUCUGCUCACAGUAUAAAAAAACUGGUAGUGAUCUACCCAUUGUUGUUGGGGGUGGGGAGGGGAUCAGUGAGGGGCCAGAGAUCUACCGGGGUCUACCAGGAACACUCCACGAUCUACCAGUAGAUCGCGAUCUACCUGUUGGACAUGCCUACUGUAGAGGGUUUUAAAAUUUUCAUUCCUACUAUAAGGCUACACCUGCACGGUCCACUUCUGCAGGUGCAGGUGAGAGAAAAGUACCUUGCGCACACACAGGUUUAUGUUUAUGGUUUUGCAUAGGAUUAAAUAGGAGAUUCAGUAAUCUGGACAGAGGAGCACCAAGGGAAUCUGCACAUUUAUGCUUUCUCAAUUUGCCUUUCGUUAAGAGAAAUAGAAACAAAGGACACUAAAGAAUGACUUCUAACCUCCUUUAAAAGAGUGUGGUUUUAACAGCAGUUACCCCGCCUAAUUCUAGGCACGUAGUCUGAGUGUGCUGUGCAUAUGAGCAUAGGCUCAGGACCUCUCAAACCUUUGCAUGUCUGUGCUCCAGGAAUGUGGGAGAGGGGCUCCACUGCCACCCAGGGGCAAGCUGCCAUUGUUUUCCAUUGUGUCUGCUGUGCUUAAUUUCCCCUUCCCCUUUUGUUUCAUGUAGCCCCAUCGGGAAAGUUUUCACCUUGCCCCCCCCCCCCCCAUUAUAAAGUUUCCUCAUCUUACCCUCUCGGGUCUUUGUGUCAGAUGCUGUUUCUGUUUCAGUCAUUUGUUCAGUGCUUAACGCAAGGGGGGGCGGGGGGCUCAGAUUGGUGCUGUGAUCUGGCUUCUGUUGCAGUAUUAAUAGGUCCUGCUUUAUAUUCACCUCUUUUAAUUAUAUAUCAGGAGUUCUGCUGUAACUUGUUAAUGAUCUCCUUUUUCAGGUAUGCUUCGAAGAAGCAGUUUUUACACUGUUGCCUCGAAUGAGGUACGGCUUAUUUUAUAAUACACCAUUGGUGAGUAAAUACGUUGGGUUCCACACCCACCCACUUUUUUUUUUUAAUAAAAAAAGAAAUUUUGAAUAAGAUUUGUGAGCUUCUUAAAUAGAUGUGUUAAAGAAGAAGGACUGCAAUUCAUAAAAACUUUGUUUGGAGGUGGGGUGCGGUUUGUUACUAGCAAAAAAAUUAUAAAAUUAUAGCACAUGGGUGCAUUUUAUUCCUAUAUGUCUGCUGUGAUUUCAGAUAUCCAGCUGUCAUGGUACAGGAUUAUUCAGAGCCUUUUCCCAGCAUGUGCUGCACAGAUUAAAUGUCACACAAGAAGGACCCAAGGUAUUAGUGAUGCUCUGUGCCGUUCUGUAAGAAUCGCGAAUGAAGCUUGAGUUUGCAUGCGCCCUCUCUCUUGCUUCGGAUCGUGCUCACAGCUUGAGAAGUUCUCUUUUCCGAUGCCCACAGUCCUAAGUUUCAUUGUAGUUUUGAGCACUCCUGUUUCCACUGACUUGCAUAUCUUCCUGACGAAUGAAAGCUCCCUUGCAAUGGCGAAGGGGAUGCAAAGAAUUUAAAUACUGAAGGAGAUGCCUCUUGCCUGCAGUACUUCUGUGCUCCCUGCGGCGUCUUGUACAUGCAGGGUGAUAAAUGGACACCAGCUCUCUCGCCGUAGCGAAUUCUAUCUCUUUAUGAAGAGAUAGAAUUAUGAAGAGGCAUAGCUCUGAACCCUUGAGUCAUUUCUGCAGUUGCAUGGUUUGCUUGGUGCUGCCAGAACAAGUUUUCCAGCAGCAACAAGCCCAGCAGAGCCACCCAGUAAAUCCUUGGCUAAAUCAGGGGGCGACAUUUGCUUUUUGUCCAAUAUCUGAAUCCACAGGAAGAUGCUGGCUCCAUUGAAAGGGCUACAAGUGAGUGUGUGUGUGUGUGUGUGCGCGCACACACACACACACAGGGUGUAUACUGGGGGGAGAGAAUCAAUUUGGCUGCUUUUGAGUUCUUUAAAAUAUUUUCUGGAGAAUAUACUUUCAUGCUUAUCACAAGGGGCUGGUGUUUUCGAGCUGUGUGCAACCAUUUGGCCCUGAUUUCCUGCUGGUAUUAAUAGGUGUCAUGCAGUUAAACCUUUGUAAUUCUUUCUUUCUUCUUCUUUUUUUUUUACACAAUUUACCCCCGAGGGUUCGAUGGAUUUUUAAAUUGGGAAGGGAAAUAAUAACCUUGUUAGGUGGGCUAACACCUCCCCCCCGCACCCCAAUAAUUCAUCAACAUAUAAAGCAUACUGUGUCUGUCUGUGUGACUUCCACUUUUUCAGAUACUGCAGUGGUUUGUGGUGACGUGGGCCAUUUUGUCUUGAAUAAAACAAAGGGGUUUGGAAACCUUUGCUGCUGGUAGUGCUAUCAAGUUCUCUGUGGUUUCACUGGGAGUUGAGGGACUUGAUCAGGUCCAUAAGGGGACUCUUAAAUGACUUACUAGCUGUUGGUUGCAAAUACUGCUUUUGGGGAAGGAGGAUCGACAGAAAGUGCACAUUAGAACAAUCCAUUUUAAGGAAUGUGCCUCUCUCCUGUGUGUGAUAUAAACGAGGUGAUUAAAAGGAAAAGACAUUUUAAUCACUCUGCUAAUUGUUUUUACAUCAAGGGCACUAAUUUAUUCAUUGUCCGUCAGCUGGUCUUUCUCCUCCUCAACUUGCAAAUGGAUUCAUUUUGCUACUUUUUGUUUUGCUUGUUCUCCAACAGGAUGGGAAAAUCAGAGUUACAAUACUCGCCCGGAGUACAGAAUACAGGAAGAUAUUAAACCAAAAUGAGGUUAGAUUAUUUUCUGUUGAGUAAAAGCUUCCAAAGAGCAGUGGGCACAAGGAAGCCGUGGUGGGUACAGGAAAUGGAUGGGAAAUAAAAACAGCAAUUAUCAUGCAGAAAUGUUGCUUCCCCCCCUCCCUCUCUCCCUAGCUUGCCAACGCUUUGAAAACGCUGCCGUUAUUUGAAGUCCGAAUAGUAAACUACAAGUACAAGUAAGUACACCUGCAAGGCGUAGCAGAUCUGCAGCUGUUCCUAACUUGACUUUCACCUUUCUGCACCCGCAUGACGGGUUGUGGCCCAUGGUGGUUUUGCACUAGCGGAAAGAGCUUCUGCUCGCUUCAGGUGAUGCACUCAAUUUUGUCAGAGGAGUUAAUUUUGAGGGAGCACAGAGGGCUACAGGAGAUCAGUGAAAAUGGCCUGCCCCACCUUGCCAUAAGGAGAACUGCCUCUUCUGCUUGUGUAAAGCCAUUACUGGAUACAGACCAAUUUCCUGGAAGUAAAUCCUGUUGAAAUCUUUGGAACGUUUGCAAUCCCAGACAUGGACUACAGAGUAAUUCCCACUGAACGUAUUAUUAGGACUUGCAAACAUGCAUAAGUGUACGCUGUUAAGGGUCAGUAAAGAGAACAAUAGAACAUUUUCCCCCUUCCAGCCUCAGUGCAUUGUGGAAGGGCAGGGCCACGGCCACAACUGCAGCCCUAUUGCUCCCGGUGACUUGGGCAGAAAAGGGGCGGGGAGAGGAUUGUCAGCCCCUGGAUGGGACCAAUAGGGUUUCAGGAUCCAGGGCUGUCUCAGCCCUGCCCUUGCCUCUUCCUCUGGCUCCUGCCAGCAGCCCACCUGAUCACAUGUCCCGCAGAAUGAACAAAGGAACACCUCUGCUCUGCCUAAUCCAGAGCUUUUCUUGUUGGUGACACACUUUUUAGACGUGCAUCAUUUCGCGACACAGUACAGUGGUGCCCCGCAAGACGAAUGCCUCGCAAGACGGAAACCCCGCUAGACGAAAGGGUUUUCCGUUUUUGAGUUGCUUCGCAGGACGAAUUUCCCUAUGGGCUUGCUUAGCAAGACGAAAAUGUCUUGCGAGUCUUGAGAUUUUUUUUUCGCUUUCCCCCCCAUUUAUCUAAGCCGCUAAGCCUUUAAUAGCCUUUUAGCAGCUAAUCCGCUAAGAUGAUAAGCCUUUAAUAGCCGCUAAACCGCUAAUAGCGCUAAUCCGUUAAGCCGCUAAUAGGGUUGCUUCGCAAGACGAAAAAACCACUAGACGAAGACACUCGCGGAACGGAUUAAUUUCGUCUUGCGAGGCACCACUGUAAUUCAGUUUUCCUAGCAAUCUGGAGCUUAAACUAAUCCAGCCCCGGGAGGAGCGCAGGGAGUGUUUGUGUGACACACCUACACACUGCAGCCGACACACUAACAUGUCGCGACACACAGUUUGGAAAGCUCUGGCCUAGUCUAAUCUCCCCUCCCCUCACCCAGCCCAACAUGGAGGGCAGGUCGGAUUGCUCUGCUGAUUGCCCUCUGAAGUACAAGUUUGAAAACUAUGAAUGAGCUGUACGUUAUUGAUGUUGAGGCUAGUAAUGGAUUUGAGUUUGAGUAACACUUGUUUUUAAUAAUGUACAUUUCUUUAAAAAAUAAAAAAAAGGACUAGACUGGGUGCAUUUGCAUGGCAACCUUUUAAUUUCUCCAGUGCAACAAUAUGCUCUCCUAAGAUCUUGAGCAUCACCAGGAAUUUUAUUUCGGUGUAUAGCUUAUUUCCUCACCCCAUAAGAUAUCCUUGACCUAUCUGAACAAUGAUCUGUUGUUCUAUUUACACAUACCCAUGUUAGAGCCAUUCUUAUUAUACGUUUUCUCUAGGGAGCUCGAAUUUAAGGAGCAGCUGAAAAUCACGCACAAUUCUGAUAUAUUCAUUGGGAUGCAUGGAGCAGGACUCACCCACCUUCUCUUUCUGCCAGACUGGGCUGUCAUCUUUGAACUGUAAGCCUCCAUGUUCUCAUGUGUUUAAUAGCUCCUUUUUUUUGUAUUUGCAUGAAAAUUGGGCUGCCGUGUCCUGAUCCGAAGAAGGGCUUAUAAACCGUGCUUUUAAGCAAACACAUGUCACAGAGGGUGAGAUGGCGCCUCUAUAUUUCCAUCAGAGCAGAUACUGAACUUCCCUCGGUCAUACAGUUAGAAGAAGCAUUCCUUGAUGUGUACCAGGAGUGUGACAACUCUGUUCAUUGGCCAACUUGUCUGGGCAGAGGUUGGCAGCUGGAAACCUCCACGUUAAACCCAGCCAGCAAUGUGGAAUGCCCCGGGGGCAAAAUGAAUUAGAGAAAUAAAACCAUAGAGAGCUGAACAAGUCCUUAAAAACUUAUAGUUUAAUUCCUUGCCCGAGUCCUGUUGAUAUGAACCCACAGAAGUUCUAUAAAGAUUUCUGACAAAGUGUAUUUUCUUUGCCAGUGUGGUGUAGUGGUUAAGAGCAGUAGUCUUGUAAUCUGGUGAACUGGGUUCGCGUCUCUGCUCCUCCACCUGCAGCUGCUGGGUGACCUUGGGCUAGUCACACUUCUCUGAAGUCUCUCAGACCCACUCACCUCACAGAGUGUUUGUUGUGGGGGAGGAAGGGAAAGGAGAAUGUUAGCCGCUUUGAGACUCCUUAGGGUAGUGAUAAAGCGGGAUAUCAAAUCCAAACUCUUCUUCUUCACUGUAUCGAUCUGGCCUCUCUAAAGUUUUCUUCAUGAGGAUAUGGUUCUUGGAUUACUGCUUGUUGCUCUAAAACUGUGUAUGGCAGGUUUACAUUUCCCUCCUCGCCAUCUUAUCUUUAAAGCCAUUGCUUCCAGCUGAGUUUCACCUUACUAAUAGGAAAGGGUCUUUAUUAUUUGAAAUAAUCCUGCAUGGUAUAGAAGCCAGGCACAAUGAAGUGUGCCAUCGGGUUUUUUUCUUAGUCCUACGAUGGGGGUAGCUGAACCCUAGAUUUGGAGGUUCUUUAAAGCCCAGUUUUAUCUAAAUUAUCGUCAUACGAACUGUAACUUCCAUGUUACCAUGCACGUAUGCAGGUCCUUGACCUCUGAGCUGUAUGUUAGUAAGUUCAAAGUUACUGUAUUAAUUUACAAAGCUUGGAUCCAGGUUAUGUUAAGAACCACCCAAUCCUUUGUAUCCCUCCCCAAUCACUGAGAUCUUGAGGGUGUGGGUGUGUUACUGGCCCCCAUGACUCAGGUGCAUGGCUUGUCUCCACUGAGUCAUACAUUCAGUCCUGUGGAUCUGAUUCUAUGGAACGCUUUCCUGGCUGAGAUUAGGCAGCCUGCUCCUUCCCCGGUUGAACACCUGACAAAGCCCUUUCUUCAGCAGGCAUUUUAAGGAUGUUUUCUGGGGGUUUUGUAUGAACCAUCAUGUUUUAUUUUAUCCAUUGCAUGCUUUUAAUGAUUUUUAUAUACACUGCUUGAUGGGACGCGGGUGGCGCUGUGGGUUAAAUCACAGAGCCUAGGACUUGCCGAUCAGAAGGUCGGCGGUUCGAAUUCCCGCGAUGGGGUGAGCUCCCAUUGCUCAGUCCCAGCUUCUGCCAACCUAGCAGUUCGAAAGUGCAAAGUGCAAGUAGAUAAAUAGGUACCACUCCGGCGGGAAGGUAAACGGUGUUUCUGUGCACUGCUCUGGUUCGCCAGAAGCGGCUUAGUCAUGUUGGCCACAUGACCCGGAAGCUGUACACAGGCUCCCUUGGCCAGUAAAGCGAGAUGAGCGCCGCAACCCCAGAGUCGGCCACGACUGGACCUAAUGGUCAGGGGUCCCUUUACCUUAUAUACACUGCUUAGAGACUUUGGUUCAUAAGUGGUAUGUAUGUAUGUAUGUAUGUAUGUAUAAAUAAAUAAAUAAAUAAAUAGCUAGCUAGCUUUCAGGGUCAUGUGGCCAGCAUGACUAAGCCGCUUCUGGCACAACGGAACACACUGACAGAAACCAGAGCACACAGAAACACUGUUUACCUUCCCGUCGCAGUGAUACCUAUUUAUUUACUUGCACUUUGACGUGCUUUCGAACUGCUAGGUUGGCAGGAGCUGGGACAGAGCAAUGAGAGCUCACCCCAUCUCGGGGAUUCGAACAGCCAACCUUCUGAUCAGCAAGCCCAAGAGGCUCAGUGGUUUAGACCACAGCGCCACCCUGGCUCUCUCUGUAGCAAGAGCUGUAGCAGGGGAAGCCGCAGCCCGUCCGUUUCCAAUUGCUAAUAGAAUGAUUCUCCUUUCCGUUUCCUGCAGGAGAAGGGCAGGCACUAAAGAGGACCGUUGCUCCUUUUGCUAAUGAAUCCCCAUCAUUUCCUCUCCAGGUACAACUGUGAAGACGAGCGCUGCUACUUAGACCUUGCAAGGCUGAGAGGCGUCCAUUACAUCACCUGGCAAAAGAAGGACAAAGUGUUCCCUCAGGAUGAGGUAGUGGGUGGGAUGCAAAGGUGUUUUGGUUCUGUGUGUGAUGAUGAUGAUGAUGAUGAUGAUGAUUUUUUAAAAAAAAAAUGUUUUACCCAUCUCAGUUCUUCCACAUGAAAUAUGAUUCUUCUGCUUCAGCCCAAAUUAAAUUCUCUGCUCUGAUUAAAGGAUCAUUUUAUAUGAAUAGCUGGAGGAGGGAGAGAAAUGAAAUUAAUUGGCCAUUAGUUCAGACUAUCAAUAGCAGUGCUGUUAGGUGUUUUCUUACUGACGCUGCUGCUUUAGGGAGGAUCGAUAAAUCAGCGGUUAUGAAUUAAAAUGUGUACUCAAUUUGCUGCUUGUUUUCCAGGGGGAAAGAGCUGACUUGUUUUGCUUCCUUAAAACCAUCUUAACUCCCUUUUCUUCAGGGGCAUCAUCCAACACUAGGAAAACACCCGAAGUUUACAAAUUAUUCCUUCGACGUGGAAGAAUUCGUCCGCCUGGUGCUUUCGGCGGCUGAUCAUGUAUCGCAGCAUUCCAAAUGGCCGUUUAGGAGAAAACGCGAUGAAUUCUAG